GACCUAUAGCUGACUCAUUUUGCUUUAAUUUAAAUUUGAAGUGUGUAUAAUUUCACUCGCAAUUUCCUGUUAUGUUGACAAACACAAGCAGAGCGGCUGGCCUCCUUCUGUCCAAACAAUGCAGAAAAUGUUACUGUGUACGCAAUUCAUGUAGCAGAAUACUGUAGCUAAUGGUUAAUCGUUGUCCUUUUUCCCUCUGUAGGGAAUAUAUUAGCAGGCAUGAACGAGGCUGUUGAAGCAUUUGUUGUCUUCAUGCAUGCUUCGGUAUCUGGGCGAAUUCUGCCAGAACACUUCAACUUCACGUUUGGCAAGGUCCCAAACUUCAUUUGUGUCAAUUCGGCAAACAGAGAAUUUGAGACAUGUUUGCGGCUGGUAGAAAUGUUCAGUCACUCGGGUGACUGGAUAUUGGAUGUUAAUUUACCCGAAGCUGGCGGUGUUGCAGCAGUCACGAUCAAACGCAAUUGCCUCAUUCUGGUAAAAACAGAAGAGGAGGAACGAGAGGCCAGGCGAAAGUUGAAAGAACUUUAGAACCUAUAAAUCUAUAUAUAUAUUAUAUAUCUUCAUUGUGUGCUGGGUAUUCCCGGCUCUACGUGCGAAAACAUUC